GAAUCGUUACUCAGGGACACAGAAUUGUUACUCAGGGACACAGAAUUGUUACUCAGGGACACAGAAUUGUUACUGAGGGACACAGAAUCGUUACUCAGGGACACAGAAUUGUUACUCAGGGACACAGAAUCGUUACUCAGGGACACAGAAUUGUUACUCAGGGACACAGAAUCGUUACUCAGGAACACAGAAUUGUUACUCAGGGACACAGAAUUGUUACUGAGGGACACAGAAUCGUUACUCAGGGACACAGAAUCGUUACUCAGGGACACAGAAUUGUUACUCAGGGACACAGAAUCGUUACUCAGGGACACAGAAUUGUUACUCAGGGACACAGAAUCGUUACUCAGGGACACAGAAUUGUUACUCAGGGACACAGAAUUGUUACUCAGGGACACAGAAUCGUUACUCAGGGACACAGAAUCGUUACUCAGGGACACAGAAUUGUUACUCAGGGACACAGAAUCGUUACUCAGGGACACAGAAUCGUUACGUUACAGGGACACAGAAUUGUUACUCAGGGACACAGAAUCGUUACUGAGGGACACAGAAUUGUUACUCAGG